AUGAGAAAGAAAAAAAAAAGCUCCGAGGGGAAGGUGUGGACGGACGCGUUGAACAACCUGGAGGAGGUGCAUCAAAAUAAGUACAGCCUGACGGAGGAUACUCUUCAUGAAAGAUCUCGACCCGAACCCGAAAUCAUUGAACACAUAUUAGAAGAACUAGAAAACAAAAUUAGAUUCUAUUUCAAGUUGUACCAAAUGGAGAAGGAAAAAAGAGCCAACUGUGAGAGGAAGAAUCACGACUUGCAUGCAGAGCUGAACGAGACAUACACCACAUUGCAGAAGAACCAGCUCUACACAGAUAAGUUAGAAAGUAAGUUGCAAAACAUUAAAGAGAAUCAAAGCUCGUUGAUAGACACGGUGAGACGUAUUGACCUUUUAUACAUCCAGCUGGACACCCUAGUUCAGUCGUUCUCUGGGGUCUGCACACAAGUAGCUGCGGAGCUGAGCACCUACGGGGUUAGCACGAACAGUCAGAGGAACACCUUGAAGACUCUGCUAGAUUAUAUCUACCCCUGUAGGACCCUUGACCCUCGUAUUAAUUCACUUUACGGGGUGUUGUAUUAUGGGUCUAUUGGGUUACUGAAAGAUGGGAAGUUUGUUUGUCCUCCCAUUCCUCCUAUCCCUCCAGUGGUGCCAUCUGAAUCGGAUGGGUGGUUACCUCCCUCGAGGUACGCCCCUCACAAUGAAGUUAUCUCGACUGCUUCUCCCGAACGGAGUAGUCGUAGCCACCUGGGAGACCCCCCUGGGAGAAGCUUCUCAGACUCCGUGAGGCGAAGCGGAAGCGCCUUCAACGGGGGGAGCUCCAAGGAGAACUACGCAGAUGACGCGCUCUUCUCCAAAUACGUGGAGGCAGAACAGAGCAAACAGGUGCGAAGCGAGAGUGAUGCGCAAAGGACAAGUUACAAUCAAGUUAUCCCCCAGGACUUACACGGGUUCUGCAUCAAAAUAGGGUUUUUAGAAAUUAGCUACAAGAGGGAGAACGCCAGGAUUAUCUGCGUCGUCCGGUACGACAGUGAGACCAGCACCUCCGCCAUUCAGAACACCAAGAGGGUGACCAAGCCCAGGGAAAUGAACGGCCGUGCCAAUGGAGGCAAAUGCAUUUUUGACAUUGACUAUGCAAUUAAUUUAACCUCCCUGCCUGGAAGAAACGCGGGAGAGGACAUCCCCAAAUUUAUGAUUGAUGUGCACGAUGUUAAUGGAAAGGCACUUAUCGGCACAUCUAUGUGUUCUUUCGUUAGUGAGAAAACGCUAGUGAGAGACGCGUCGUGGGAUAUCUACUCCAGGGUUUCAAAUGGCAAGCCCGAGGUAAUAGGAAAAAUGCAUGUGUCUGUGCUUGCUUCUCCGCAGAGUGCCCUCCUCCCAGCGGAGAUGCUCAGCAGGGCGAAGCAGCAGUCGGCGUUGCCUCCAGCCGGAGACGACCGCAGGAUGGAGAGCACCGCCAAGGUGGCCUUUCAGAAGAGCGCCCUUCUGAGCAAGGCCAUCGAGGAGAGGGACCCGUCAACGGGGAAGCCUCACGCGCAGCCUCACAAGCAGUCGUUGGGGAAGCCUCACGUGCAACCGCAGGGACAGCCGCAGGAGCAGCCCCACGUGAAGCCGCUUCCCCAUAGCAGCCCUGGGAAGGGGGCGAGCCUCGUCCAGAGGGGAAAGAAGGUCACCUUCAAGCCGUACGCCUCGAAGAACGGAGACUCGACGGACGCCACCAAGUCCAGCCCCGCUUUGAAGGAGGCCUCCAAACGGAUAAGUCUCAAUCGCAGCGGUGGAGAUAGCGGCGGGGAUAGCGGCGACAAGAGUGCAGGCAGCGGAGAUAGCGGAAACAGCGGCACCCUGUCCCUAGUUCAGAGCAGAAUAAAAAAUCUGGCGAAGCGGUUCGAGUCGAGGAAUGGCGCGUCCGGGGGGAGUGAGGAGGACGGCAGCAGUGGUGCCGCCACCCCCGUUGGGGGGAAGGCUGGCAAGCUGGGGGGUCCCUUGAAGAAAGGCCUCCCCCUCUCGAGCAGCAAGGGAGUUAGCGCCCCCGAGGCGAAAAAAGGGGAGCAAACGGAAGGGAAAAAAGGAGGACCACCUGUAGGGCAACCAGGAGACCAAACGGAAGGGCAAAAGGUAGGACAUAAGGCAGGCCAAACGGAAGGGCAAACGGAAGGGCCAAAGGCAGGCCAGACAGCAAACACAAAAGACGCGUUAGAGAAGGGCCCAGCCGGCUUGAAGAAGAGCCCCCCCUUGGUGAAGGACGGGGUAAUGAAGAUUAAGCUUCCCUUGCCGGGAAAGAAGGACUUGGCGAAGAAAGCGGGCCCGGAAGGAUUAGCAAAAGGUGAGGCUGCCCCCCCUGCAAAGGGCGACCCCGCAGACGCAGCGAAAAAUGAGAGCGACCCGAAGGACAACAGCAGCAGCGGAAGCAGCAGUAAUAACGUCGCCAGCAAGACGGUUAAGCCACUUUUGAAGAUAAAGGUAGAACCCAAAAAGGAAAACCUAAACAAGCUUUUUAAAAAGUUGUCCCCCAAGACGCCCCUUGCAUCUAAAGAGCAAGAUGGCAAAGGUUCUGACGCCGCGACUGCUUUGGGAAAGAACGGCUUAAAGGACACCCCAGGGGGAACAAAGAAGUUGCCUCCACCCCCCCUUAGCAAGAAGACGGUCGUGAAAAAAGGGUCGAUCGAUUCGGAUGCUGCGAAAAAGGAAACCCCCAGUGAGAAGCAGACUGGGACGACCGCUCCAGCUGCUACGGUGAGUGCUCCCCCAGCAGAUGUGAAGGCUACCCCCCCAAGUGAUGCCCAGGCCGCCCCACCCAAAGCAGAGGCCGAACCCACGAACGUGGAAAAACGUUUGGAGAAAAAAAUAUCAAUUAAGAAUAAGAUGCUCGCCCUUUUGAAGAUCAAGCCGGCGGACCCCUCGGCAAUUUUGAAGAAGCCGCUCCCCAAGGCGGUGUCUGCAGCGCCCGCGGAGGUGGAAUCACAGUUCAGCACGGAGGGACCCGACCUGAAGAACCUCCUCGAGAAGGCAAAGAAAAACGCCAUCUUCAUAGACAAAAAUAAAGUGAACGUGAAGUUAAGCAAGAAGGUGGAAGUCAAGCGGGAAAUAAAAAAGUUCGUGCCGAAGCUCAAGAACUUCGAGUGA